GGCACGCUGAUACGUGCUUUCUUGAAGCCCCCCUCACCUAAUGUGCUUCAUACGGCAAAUUAAAUUCGUAAUAUGAACCCUUUUUGAAUAAUUUGAACCAGUUUUCCUCAUUUUUUUCAUAACAGUUUUUAUCCAUUUCUUUAUAGUUUCACAAUAAUAUGAAAGUUUGAUAAAUCCUGAUAUAACCUAAAAUGAAUCCGGCCAUUUCUUUUGCAGUCAGAAGUUCCCUGGGAAUUAGCAUUAACCAUGGACCACCAAAAUUUAGUUGCAACGACCUAUUCGAAGCGGUUCGUAGUAAAUCUUGUCGUACGAUGCUCUUCAGUCCUGCUGGCGACUAUUUUGCCUACGUUAACGGUUUGAAUUUACACCUGCUACAGACCGAAAAAUGGAAGACGAUCGCUGUUAUCGAAAAUACCAAGUCGUAUCAUUUGAGCUUUUCGCCGAAGGGCACUUACCUGUGCGCGUGGGAACCUUUUGCGACCAAUAACGCCAAUCCUCAAGGCAGUCCAAACUUAAAUAUCUACGAAAGCGAAAGUGGAAAACUUGUAAAAAACUUUGUUCACAAGAAGCAAACUAAUUGGGAACCCCAGUGGAGUGCAGAUGAGGUGUUAUUUUCCCGUUUGGUCGACACAGAUAUCGUGUUCUACAACUCGAAUGACUUUCAGGUCAUCAAUCGAGUUAAGUCAUACAAAGUUAUGUCGUACACGAUAUCACCCAAUGUGGAAAACUACUUCGUAGUGCUUCACACCCAGGAUGGAAAGGGACAACCUGCCAUUGGAAGAUUGUUCAAAUAUCCGAUGUUUGAACACCAACAGAGUAUAGCCAAUAAAAGUUUUUUCCAAUCGGAUAAAGUCGAAUUUUACUGGAGUGCGAAGGCUACUCACGUUUUGCUAUUGACUAUGACGGAAGUCGAUAAGACAUCCUAUUAUGGCAAGCAAGGGCUACAUUUUAUCAGCACAAGUGGUGAUACUGCCAUGGUGACAAUGAAUAAGGAAGGUCCAAUUUACAACGUCGCUUGGUCGCCGAGGGACACCGAAUUUUGUGUCGUAUACGGUUUUAUGCCGUCUCGUUGCACAAUCUUCAACUUAAAAUGCGAAAUGAUCCAUCAGUUUAGUGCAGCUCCACGGAAUAGCAUCUACUAUAAUCCGCAAGGUAACAUCCUAUUAACUGCCGGUUUUGGAAAUCUGCGCGGCCAUAUCGAAUUGUGGGAUAUCGCUUCCAAAAAACUGAUAGGUAGCUGCGAAGCGGCGGACUCCACGUUGUUGCAGUGGUCGCCCGAUGGUACCCACUUUUUAACUGCGACCACGGCUCCGAGAUUACGUAUUGGCAACGGGUAUAAAGUUUGGCAUUACUCUGGCGCCUUAAUUCACGAACAUCCUUACAAGGAAAACGAUGAGCUUUACGACGUUGCUUGGCAGAAAGCACCAAAGGAUGCCUUCAAAGAACCAGCAGUUAACUUCCAAAAGGUCGAGGGGAUUGUAUCAAAUCAGCCGCAAGCUUCAAAGGAGGCAUACCGUCCACCAUCUGCACGCAAUCGUCCGCCAAUCACUUUUAAACUGCACGACGACGAUAGUGACGGUCAGCUACCACCGGCAGCCCCAUCGAAGGCGGCGCUAAAGCAGAAGAAGAAACGCGAGAAUAAGAAGGCCCGCAAGCAGCAGGAAGAGCCAAACUCCAAUCCUCCCAUUACGAGCACUGUUUCUGUGAUACUAACCGAAGAUGAAGAGAAAAAUAAAAAAAUUAAAAACAUCAAAAGGAAAUUGGAUGCGAUCGGCAAACUUAAAGAUCAGCAAUCUCAGGGGAAAGUAUUAGAAGUGAAUCAGCUGGCAAAAAUCAAAAGUGAAGAUGAGCUCAUGGUCGAGUUAAAGAAGUUACAGCUGUAAUAAAUUUUCUAAUUCUGUUAAUGUUUGAUAAAACAAAUAAAUUGAGUUUAAAGGUCAA